CCUGAGAGAAGAACCCAGGGAGGGAAAGAUUACGAAGCGACAAGGAGGCUUUUAGGGUUGAUGGAUAUGUUCAUAAUCUUGGCCGUGGUGAAUGGUUUCACGGGGAAAACAUGUCAAAUUGCACGCUUUAAAUAUGUGUAAUUUACUCUGUGUCAGUUAUAUCUGAUGUUUUUAAAAAGAAAAGGUCCUCUGGUCCGGCGCCCAGAGUCCCCCAGCUGGGAAGCUGCCAGGCGCAAGUGUGGAGCAGCAGUCGGCAAGCUCAGGCCCGGCUCCCGCAGGAGGGCGGCUCCAGGUGGCGAAGAAAGUGCCGGAAGGCGCGGGGCCCAGCGCGGGCCGCAGUUAAUCAUUAGCCGGGGGAGGCCCGAGCUCGGCCCCGCCCCGAAGCGCCCCCUGCGCUCUGCCGAGCUCGCCCUGCGCCGCCACCUGCUGCCCGCGCGCAGACAUGGCUGGCAAAGCCCACAGGCUGAGUGCUGAGGAGAGGGACCAGCUGCUGCCCAACCUGAGGGCUGUGGGGUGGAACGAGCUGGAAGGCCGCGAUGCCAUCUUCAAGCAGUUCCACUUCAAAGAUUUCAACAGGGCUUUUGGCUUCAUGACCAGAGUGGCCCUGCAGGCUGAGAAGCUGGACCACCAUCCUGAAUGGUUUAAUGUAUACAACAAGGUGCACAUCACCCUGAGCACCCAUGAAUGUGCGGGCCUUUCAGAACGGGACAUAAACCUGGCCAGCUUCAUCGAACAAGUAGCAGUGACCAUGACAUAGACCCCGCCCUUCUUUGCAUUCCCAGGGGGAGGGGUGGCUGAACUGGACACAGGGAGGGAACUGAGAGCCCCCCCACACACACACUCGCUGCAGUUAGAACUGCCACACUGACCCUGCUGCCUCCAUUUAGGGGUGAGUUUCCACUGCACAAAGAUGCCAGCGUCACUGCCAACACCAGGAACAGCCCUUUUCCCCAAGCUACUCUCCUCACCUGUGGAGCUUUGUCAUUUUCACUACUCUGAAUAAGUUCUCCCUUCUUUGCAACUUCCUGGCAACCCUAAUGGUGUUCUUUGUAAUGGUGUUCUUUUCAGGCUGGGUCUCACCCCCUUUCCAAUUCAUUUACCAAGCCGCUGUAAAGGGUGAAAUAAAACCCUGUCGUAGAAUCCAGGACCCUAAAGCAAAUCCCAUGUCUCAAACAUAUGCUUUGAUGUUGCCAAUAAAACUCAUUAUAUCACUGGUCUCAAA